AUGUAUUUGAAGCCGCGGAAAUUUCGAAAAAUCUUAAAGACGCCCGACAAUGUUGCGAGCAUGCUACCGCCGGCAGUAGCCCAGGCAGCACCUUGGUAUCGCAAGGAAUUGACGGCUAUCCGCUUUUGUGCUGCCGAUUUAUCUGGUGUUUUCCCUUUGGAACAAAUUAGUCCUGUCUCUAUGGGUUUUAGAGGCAAGGUUGACGAUACUUGGAGUAACUGGCCAGGAUGUGCUUGGGACCCUGCCAACCUGCUGGUCAAGUAG